GGCUGAGGCCUGGGACCGGGGAUCUGGAGCGGCCGAACGUAGACUUGACCCCGGAAGUAAGCUGAAGGACCGUGGCGGCUGGCAAGCUGCGGGCUGCGGCGGAGUCUCAGAUAGCAGCAGCAGCGGCUAUGUUUCACUUCUUCCGAAAGCCUGCAGAAUCCAAAAAGCCCUCUGUGCCAGAACCGGAAGCAGAUGGAUUUGUCCUCUUAGGAGAUACAGCAAAUGAAAUGAGAUGUAAAACAUCUGAAGCAGAAGGCAGCCAGUCUUCGGAGACCGGCAAAGAAGACACAUCCAGCGUGACUGUAUCAGGCCCCGAGACGGGAAACCAGGCAGGCCAGAGUCUGGAGAACAGCACACUAACAGCGGAGCUCCUGAGCGAUGUGCCCUUCACCUUGGCCCCACAUGUGCUGGCAGCGCAGGGCACCGUCAGCGACCUUCCUGACCACUUACUCUCAUGUGAUGUUGGCGACAACUUGUCCCGAUUCUGGUAUGAUUUCACUCUUGAAAAUUCAGUCCUCUGUGAUUUGUAGUCUUUGUGUCUAUGCAUACCCUAGCAGCUUUAAAGGAACUGAGUCUCCCUAUUUUAUUGAACCUGUUUGAUGUUCUUUGUCAUUUCACUGGUGAAGGCCUUGAGGCAAGCAAGGAUCAUAAAAUAAAUAAAAUAGCAUCAUUUCAUGGUUUUAUCUUCAGAAUCAAGUGAAUUUAUAUCAAAAUUGAAGUCAACAAUGUAAUGAAUGGAACUGACUUAGGAAAAAAAUAUGGGUUCAGACCACUCCUAUUUCCCCACGUGCUGGAUCUCCAGUCAUUGAGAUGAUGUGAGAGGUUAGGGUGGUUUUUGCUGUCUCUGAAGACGCAACAGUGAACAAGGAACCAAGCUAACCCCAGUUUCCAAGGCUCAGCAACCUGAGCCUAGAGCAGGGCGGGUGUGAAGGUUCUGAGGUUCAGAGGAGGUUGUUUACGCAGUUACUCCCACAGUUGUUUAUGGAUGAGGUCAGAAGAAAGCUUCCAGUUUUUUUCAAUGCCAGUUUAGACAAACCAGUAGGGAAAUUUGAAACUUCUCUAAAACACCAGUGAUUCUUUGCUGAUUCAAGACUGAAGGGGAUGCUUUGGUUUUCUUAGACCCAUGUGGUCCUCUCCACCUUCCUGAAGGAUUGCCGGGUUCCUUCUUUGUUCUCAUCCCUGUUGGGUGUGGUUGAACCAGUUUCUGGAGAACUGUCUCCACUUCUCAGCUAGGCUGUCUUCUUUACCACAUAUGUUCCCAGUUGACAAGAUCUACAUCUCCUUUCACCUCUUCUGCUUGCUAAUGAAAACCUCUCAUGGUGAUACAGAUCAUUGCUGAUCAGCCCUGGUUAGAAAAAUGUUGGCCACAGUACAGGGGCAAGGUUUUACUGUUAAACAGACACAGUUUAACUACGUUCCAAUUAGAGUGUAGGCAGACACCCAGAUAAGAGUAGAAUACUCUUUGUUUAUUCCAAGUAAAACUGAGCAGGACUGCCAUUGGUCCGUAAACUACAAAGAGAGUUGGUAUACAGUCACAGGUCCAUUUCUUUGCCAUGAAAAAUUUAAGUCGUUUCUUUUGAUUAGUUAUAAUUUAUUAAUUCUGUGCCAAAGUUUUUUAAGUAUAUUUUUUCACAAAGAGAGUAUCAGAAAAACUAAACAUUGUGCAGAAAAGUACAAGAAUUUUUCUAAUUUUAAUGUGCUCUGCAUACUCGUUUAAUAAAUGUGGUCUUGAGAAAGCAUACUGUUAGUUACUUCUUUUACAGCUAGCAUUACCAUGUGAGAUCAAUAAUUCAGUUAGGUCUUUUUAGGUCUUUACACAGUUUUCAUAAAACAUCUACAUAGGAAAUAUGCCUUAUUAUUGACAUAAAUGUGAACAUUUUGUAGCACUUCUAUGAUGGUACAUCCUUUGUAACUAUUCAUGUUAAUAUAUUUUAAAAGCUGAAUGUAAAGAGAUUGUUCUUUUGUCUAAAAUAUGUGAAAAUUUUAUAUGACUAUACAUUUCAUUUAUAUUUAUGUCUGCCAUGUUACAAAUGUGCUUAGAAGUACUAUUUGUCUGAAAUUGUUAUUUUUAAGAAUGUGAAUUGAAAUAAAUGUUUUGAUUGUUCUCAGAUCCCCAAAA